AUGACCUUCCUUCCCACUGUUCCAAAGAGGAAAAAAAAAGACACAGAUAGACUGAGGAGGCGACCGACACCGGCGACAUCUCCGGCGGCGGGCGAGGCGAUGGCGGGCCGCCGCUCCCGCUCCCGCUCCCGCUCCCCCUCGCUCUCCUCCUCCCCGUCCUCCCGCUCCCUCUCCUCCUUCUCCUCGGUCUCCUCCCCGUCCCGCAGCCGCUCCCCUCCCGACCGCGGCCGCCGCAGCUCGUCCGCCGCGCGGAGGGGCCGCUCGCCGCCGCCGCCGCGAGAGGGGGCCAAGGGAGGCCGGUCGCCUUCGCCUUCGCCGCCGCCCAAGAAACCCUCGCCUCCCCCUCCGGCUCCGAGGAAGCCCUCCCAGAACUAUGGUGAAGUCGUCAAUGUGGAGCUGUCCAUGGACAAGGCGGUCAAUCUUCCUCGCGGGUACGGAUACGUUGAGUUCAAGAUGAGAGCUGAUGCCGAGAAGGCGCUUCUUUACAUGGAUGGUGCUCAAAUUGAUGGGAAUGUUGUUAAAGUGAAAUUCGCGCCUGCACCGGGGCAAACAGCUGCUGCUGCUUCUUUGCCGAAGGCUCUUCCCCAUCCUCCGAAAAGAGAUGUGCCUGAGACUGACACAGUUGUUCCUAACGCUGAAAAGGCCACCCAGCAGCGACCCAGAGAAUCAUCUACUCAAAUAAAACCAGCUUUGUCUCCACAAAGGCGACCUGCUCCAAGCGGAAGGGUUGACUCACCUAGGCGGCGCCCUGAUUCACCACCUAUUCACCCUUGGAAAGAUCCUCCUCCAUUCAGGCGUGGCAGAACACCUCCUAUCCUGAGACCAGGAUAUCCAGUUCGAAGACGGUCUCCCUCUCCACCCCCUCGAAGGUUCAGAUCACCAAGGCGCUUUUCACCCAGAAGAGGUUAUGCUAGUCCAGUCCGAAGGCGUUCUCCAUUCGCCCCUAGAAGGAUGACACCUCCAAUGCGGAUGAGAAGUCCUCCAAGAAGGCUGCCACCUCCUUAUCGUCGUAGUAGAUCUCCCAUUCGUCGACCAAUUCGCUCCCUUUCCAGAUCAAUUUCUCCCGUCAGGGGUCGAGCCGCUCCUGUGAGGCGUGGGAGGUCAUCCUCGUCAUUUUCUGAAUCACCAACGCCGCCAAGAAGGGGAGCCGGAAGGGUACUGAGAAGUCGCAGUCCUCAAAGGUAGUCACCUUUGCCUUUCCAAGUCGCCCUUCAGAGGGAGACGGAGAAGUGCGUCUAGCUUCAGCAAUAGUAGUGGUUCGUCCUCCCCUAUCCGCCGUUAGAACACCCGACAUGUUAAACCCCUGGUAGGUAAAAUCCUUUUUGUCUCGUCGCUGUUUUAUCUCUGAUGAUCUGGUUUGCCUGUGCUGGUGUCAUCAAGCUUCGGAUCGGGUCAGAUAUCAUUGGAACGAGCACACGGUUCUUGGAGACUGUCUGAGAUCUUCUUUGAAGAGCUGGCUUUCGUUCUGUAGUAGAUUAAAGCACAUUAAUUGGUUUUCUCGUUGCGAAUUUUCGAUCCAUGAGACCAGGAUAUAUUUUUGUUGGUCAAUUUAAUUUUAUGAAGUUGUCGUGCCUGCCAAAAAGAUUGUUGUCUGUGGAUUCA